CCGGUCCCCGCGCUCCCGGCCGGGCCGCUUCCUGGAAUGGAGGUGUGGCCGGGGCGGCGGCUGCGGCGGGGUCCUGACCCCGCGGGCGACCUCCGACCUCCCCGGGGCCGACCUCCGACCUCCUCGGGGCCGACCUCGUAUCUCUCUCUCCUGGAGGCGACCUCUGAUCUCGGAGACGCUCUUCCGGUUGUCCGGCUGCAGUUGGACAGCGCCCGGGGCGCGGGGCGCCCAGGACGGAGGGCGCGCCCCGAGGGGGCCCCGCUGUUCGCCCCGUCCGGUCGCAGGCUGUGCAGCUGGCCCUGCGCGGGCCGGUCCUUCCUGGCGGGGACGGCCUCCUCCAGGCGCACUGUUCCCUCCGGUCCCGCAGAGGGUCUCCCGGCUCUCGGUUGCGAGCGUGGACGAAGUUUGCGUGCGGUUGUCGUGUUUGGUGCUGGAGAUCAGAAUUUAUUUACCUCUAUUUAUCCGACGCUCUCCCAGCAGCUUCCAAGAGAACCGAUGGAAUGGAGAAGGUCCUAUGGCCGAGCUCCAAAGAUGAUUCACCUAGAAUCUAACUUUGUUCAAUUCAAAGAGGAGCUGCUGCCCAAAGAAGGAAACAAAGCUCUGCUCACGUUCCCCUUUCUUCAUAUUUAUUGGACGGAAUGCUGUGAUACUGAAGUGUAUAAAGCUACAGUAAAAGACGACCUCACCAAGUGGCAGAAUGUUCUGAAAGCCCAUAGCUCCGUGGACUGGUUAAUAGUGGUAGUUGAAAAUGAUGCCAAGAAAAAAAACAAAACCAACAUCCUUCCCCGAACUUCUAUUGUGGACAAAAUAAGAAACGAUUUUUGUAAUAAACAGAGUGACAGGUGUGUCGUGCUCUCCGACCCCUUGAAGGACUCCUCCCGAACUCAGGAAUCCUGGAAUGCUUUCCUGACCAAACUCAGGACAUUGCUUCUUAUGUCUUUUACCAAAAACCUAGGCAAGUUUGAGGAUGACAUGAGAACCUUGAGGGAGAAGAGGACUGAGCCAGGCUGGAGCUUCUGUGACUAUUUCAUGGUGCAGGAGGAACUUGCCUUUGUUUUUGAGAUGCUACAGCAGUUUGAAGAUGCCCUGGUGCAGUACGAUGAACUGGAUGCUCUGUUUUCUCAGUAUGUUGUCAACUUUGGUGCUGGGGAUGGUGCCAACUGGCUGACUUUUUUCUGCCAGCCGGUGAAGAGCUGGAAUGGAUUGAUCCUCCGAAAGCCCAUAGAUAUGGAGAAGCGCGGAUUGAUACAGAGGCAAGAAGCCACCCUGUUAGAUCUGCGCAGUUACCUGUUCUCUCGCCAGUGCACCCUGCUCCUCUUCCUGCAGAGGCCGUGGGAGGUGGCUCAGCGCGCCCUAGAGCUGCUGCACAGCUGUGUGCAGGAGCUGAAGCUCUUGGAAGUCUCCGUGCCACCCGGUGCCCUGGAUUGCUGGGUGUUCCUGAGCUGCUUGGAGGUGCUGCAGAGGAUAGAAGGGUGUUGCGACCGGGCACAGAUAGACUCAAACAUCGCCCACACCGUGGGUCUGUGGAGCUACGCCACAGGGAAGCUAAAGUCCUUGGGCUAUCUGUGUGGACUUGUGUCAGAACAGGGACCUAACUCAGAAGACCUCAACAGGACGGUUGAUCUUUUGGCGGGCUUGGGAGCUGAACGGCCUGAAACAGCCAACACUGCUCAGAGUCCGUAUAAGAAACUCAAAGAAGCAUUAUCAUCAGUAGAAGCUUUUGAAAAACACUACUUAGACUUGUCCCAUGCCACCAUUGAAAUGUAUACGAGUAUUGGGAGAAUUCGAUCCGCUAAGUUCGUUGGAAAGGAUCUGGCGGAGUUUUACAUGAGGAAGAAGUCUCCCCAGAAGGCAGAGAUCUAUCUUCAAGGAGCCUUGAAGAAUUACCUGGCUGAGGGCUGGGCACUGCCUAUCACACACACAAGGAAGCAACUAGCUGAAUGUCAGAAACACCUUGGACAAAUUGAAAACUACCUUCAGACCAGCAGCGUCCUGGCCAGCGACCGGCACCUGACGGAGAGCGAGCGGGAGCACUUCUGCAGAGAGGUGGUUGGCGUCGCCCGCCGGCAGGCAGGCAGCCCAGGUCACAAAAUAGUACUCCCUAUGCAUUCUUUUGCACAACUGAGAGAUCUCCAUUUUACCCCUUCCAAUGCUGUGGUCCAUGUGGGUGGUGUCUUGUCCGUGGAGAUAACCGUGUGCAGUCAGAUGCCCGUGCCUGUCCACGUGGAGCAGAUUGCCAUCAACGUCCACUUCAGCAUCGAGAAAAACAACUACCGGAAGACUGCCGAGUGGCUCACCAAGCACAAGACGGCCAACGGGAUUGUCAGCUUCCCGGCAGAGAGCUCGCCUUUCCCCACAUCCCAGAACAGCCUGCCCGCGCUGGAGCUAUGCGAGAUGUUUGAGAGAAGUCCUUCCGACAAUUCCUUGCACACAACAGGGAUUAUCUGCAAAAACGUCCACAUGCUCCUAAGGAAGCAGGAGAGCGGCGCGUCCCUGGAAGCGCCCUCGGGUGCCGCUCUGGAGGCUGGAGCCCACGUGCUGAAGUGCGCCGCCGUGACCCUGGAGCCAGGGCCCAACACGAUCACGUUCAGGACGCAGGCCAAGGAGCCGGGAACCUACACGCUGCGGCAGCUCUGCGCCUCGGUGGGCCCGGUGUGGUUCGUCCUUCCUCACAUCUACCCGCUGGUGCAGUAUGACGUGUAUUCGCAGGAGCCGCAGCUGCACGUGGAGCCACUGGCCGACAGCCUCUUGGCCGGGAUUCCUCAGAAGGUCAAGUUCACUGUCACUACUGGCCAUUACGCAGUAAAAAACGGGGACAGCCUUCAGCUCAGCAAUGUAGAAGCCGUGCUUAUCCUGUGUCAUGAAGAGAACAGAGCAGUGAUCUACUCCAACAUGAGAGAAAAGGCUGCCGACGCCGCGCUGCGGGUUCAGUCGUCCGACAAGGUCACGAGCAUCAGCCUGCCGGCUGCGCCUGCGUACCACGUGAUCGAAUUUGAACUGGAGGUUCUCUCUUUACCUUCAGCUCCAGCAACUGGAGGGGAGGGCACCAUGCUGGGGGUGACAGAGCCCCGCGGGAAGCCUAAGGACACACAGAAGGCUGGCCACUGCAUGGCCACCACGGACCACCAGGUGUCCAUUGAUUGCCCGUGGUCCAUCUACUCCACUGUCAUCUCGCUGACGUUCAGCAUGCCCUUCAGGACCACGCACUCCCUGCUGUCGUCCGGGACACGGAAAUAUGUUCAAGUGUGUGUCCAGAAUUUGUCAGAACUCGACUUCCAGCUGUCAGAUAGUCAUCUCGUGGAUACCGGUGAUAGUACCGGCCUGCGACUAAUACCGCUGAACACGGAAUCCGAGCAGCGCAUCCACAGCAAGCAGGCGGUGUUCUUUGUCUGGGAGCUGAAGUGGACGCAGGCGCCUCCCCCCUGCCUGCACUGCCGGUUCUCCGUUGGAUUCUCCCCCGCUUCUGAGGAGCGGCUGUCCGUCUCCUUAAAGCCCUAUACUUACGAAUUUCAAGUGGACAAUUUUUUGACCUUGUACAAUGUGAGAGCGGAGAUAUCGCCCCCUCCGGGGACAGAGCUCUGUAAGACAGGCUCUCUCUGCUCCUUGGAGGUGUCCAUCACGCGGCUCUCGGACCUCUCGGAGGUGGACAAGGAUGAGGCGCUGACAGAAUGUGAUGAGUGUUUCUCAACGAAGCUUAUGUAUGAAGUUGUCGACAACAGCAGCAAUUGGGCGGUGUGCGGGAAGAGCUCCGGGGUCAUCUCCAUGCCUGUGGCUGCUCGGGCCACUCACAGAGUCCACAUGGAGGUGAUGCCCCUCUUUGCGGGUUACCUGCCCCUCCCCGACGUCAGGCUGUUUAAAUACCUGCCCCAUCACUCGGCGCACUCGUCGCAACUGGAUGCCGAUAGCUGGAUAGAAAACGAUAGCCUCUCGGUGGACAAGCACGUGGACGACCAGGUGGACAGCGGCAGCGUCCAGAGCAGGGGCAGCGUGCGCUCGGUGGCCAGCAGCGACCACAAGGGCCUGCCCAUGCCCCGGCUCCGGGCGCUGCCCCCCGGCCAGGCCUUCAACGCCAGCGCGGGCACGCAGGUCCUGGUCGUCCCCAGCCAAGAUGACCAUGUUCUCGAGGUCAGCGUCACGUGACCACGCCCAGGGCUCACACCGUCCCCAGCCCGGCGCGCGCGCGUGCGUGCCCGCGCUUGAAGGGAUCCUGGCUCGCUUGUGACUCUCUCGCUCUAACCAGACUUGUGGUGAUUCCGCCUGGCCGUGGACGCAUCAGAGAAUUUCAGUGUGCAGCUGGUCAGCUGAGUUGCGUCGUUAUUUGUGUGCUGUCUGGGGUGUAAGAUGCCUGUUGUUUUCUCAUCUCCCCGUCCCUGUGCUGCUGUCCUCCCGUGUUGGCCCAGAGCCCCGCUUUCCCCUCACCCUCUGCUCAGGAAAGAGCUAGGUCCUAGUGCUGUCGCCUGAGCAGCCCGUCAUCCGCCGGUUCUCUGUGGGAGCCUGGGGGUCCUUCAGGUAGACUCACAGCAGGUCUGGCAGGCUUCUUAGUGACACUUGUGUGCCUUUCUGGUCGCACGGCUGCCCGAUUUCUGGACCAGGCGGAUUUGUAUGUCUCCUAAGGGGUAAAACACAGUCCUUUACCCCAGAUCAUCUAGUUGUGCUUUUCUAGAAUAACACCCUUUCUGGGCAGGGGGAUGGCACUGGGGGGGUGGGUGGGGAAAGAACAAAACCCCUUGUGUGCCUUGGGAUGUCAAACUGGGCGGACCUGGAGCAUCCAUCAGCUGGAACCAUUUUAAAGGUACUUUUCAGACUAGACCAGGGCACGAGAAAGAACUCGGUAUUGAAAUAAUUUGGAAAUAAAUGUUUCUGGAACCCUUUCUCCCUUCUCCCCCGAUGUGGAUUAGGUAUUACAUGCACAUGGAAUUAAAUAUAUAUUUAUUUUAAUUGUCAUUGUGUCUGUGGGGGUUAGUAUGUUGUUUUUCUCUCACCUUUAAACUUAGUCUUUACAUGUAACUGUAACUGUAUAAUGAAUAUUUUUCUUUUGCACCUUAAGUCUCAGAAAUUAAGAGGUUCCAUUUAAAUGACGAUUAGAGGGGUCUUCUCAGUGUGUUUCUAGUCUGGUUGUAGGAAGGACGAAAGUCUUGGACUGUUAUUCUCUGCUGUCCACUACAUUGCAGUCAUACCAUGCAAAUGGAUUAAUUUGCUCUAGGUUGUAAAUUUAAUUGUACAUAUGGUCGAUUUAUUAUUUUUAAAAGUACAAACUAACUGAUGUAAUGUUUAAGUUGCACCAAAAAUCAAGGACAAAAUAAACGUGUGUUUGUUUUUAUUGGUGUGAAAGUCACAGCUUGUAAAUAAGUGUUGUAUGUAUUAAACCUUUUCCAGCUCUCCAAAGCGAUGUAUUUUUGUACAUAAGAAAUAGAGAACUCUUAAUUCACUGGGAAAGUGUGGUUGGAAUUGAACUUGACCAGAUUAAUGCGAGUGUAGCCGGUCCAGCAGAGAGUGGGGCCUCAUGAAUAACCUCAAACGUGUGAGCGGUAGGGAAGAGGGAACCUUCUGCAGCAGCUGCCACUGUCCUGGCAUGCCACUUGCUGGAGGUGUGGGCCAAGAAGGCACAGCGCAAAGUGAAUAUAGAGCAGAGCAGGUGCUUUCUGUGUGCGGUCUUAGCCCGCUUAACAAAUAAAGGUGGUGAUCCCCGCCCCGCCCCCCAUAGUUUUCAUUUGUAGAAAUUGGAGAAGUGUACAAAGAAGAUAAAUGUAUGUUUAAUUAAACUUUUCAGAAAUUUACCUUUCUUAUGUGCAGUUUAAAACUAAUAAACUAGGCAAAUUAGAAGUUCAGAAUCUAAUGAUAGUUUAGGGCUUCUAAUGUAAGUUUGUUUUAUUGUAAAAAUUGAUGAUUGCCCUACAGAUCCACCAAGCCUUUUGAAUAAAGAGAUCUUUGAGAUUUGAUUCUGUCAGAAAAGCCUCUCAUCCACGUGGUGAGCCUCGGAGCCCAGGGAAGGCGUCCUUGCUUCGUGUGUAAUGUAGCGUUCGUUCCCUCUCACCUUCUGUGGGGGAAUGUGAGUCAGUGCUUCCCUGAUUUUUGGUGGACUUUUGUGCUGGGUUCUGAUCCCAGGAUGAAAUUCUCUAACUACUCACAUUUUUAGAGGAGAAAAAAAUGGAGGGGAAAUCCAAAAUGUUUAUGGUAGUUUCUUAUGUCUGGAAAUUGAAUGAAGUCAAAUUUAUUGCAGGUUUGUUUUUUACCCCCUAAUUACCCAAAAGAUCUUUCGCAAUCUAAGUUACUUGGGUGCCUCUGUUGUUGUUGUUGUUUUUAACACAAAUGAAGAAUGUCACCUAAAACUUGGUCUUUUUUUUUUUUUUUAACUGAAAGGCUGUAAUUGGAUUUUUGUUUUGUUUAAAAUAAGGCUUAUGUGUUUGAGACAAGCUAAGCUGGCUUUGUUGGUAAAGGUGUAGCAGCUGUUAAACAAUUGUGAUGCCAGGUACUGAAUGUGCAUCUAAGAAGCAGAAUAUGCAGCCAUUUUACAAAUAUCUGUGGAAGAUGUAAAUACUAGCAAAUGAAAAAGAAAAUAAGUUAUAAUUUUGGUGAAUUUCAUAGGGUCUCCUAUGAUUGGAAAAAUUAUAACUCUUCUGAUUGUAAUGUGGAAAUUGUAUUUAAUCUGAAAAUGACUUCUACCUACAGUUCCAUUGUCAGCCCAGCCUGUAGUGGGUCGGGUUCCCAUAUUCGUCUUAGUUGAUGGGGCUGGGUAUCCCAUAAAGGGUUGGUGGAGAAAAGACACACAGGCUUCUAGUCAAUUUUUCUUUAGUGUUUAAAAUAAAAUUGAGUUAUAAAAUGCAAUUAAACACUCCAGGUGUGUACAUAAAAAGAAAACUUAUACAACUUUUUAUAAAAGAACAAACUAGGCUGAUCAAAGUGUUUUAUUGUCAACUGUGAUCUUUAAAAGAAAUCUAUGUGAUUUUAAAAUUUGAGUUUUCAUGAAAAUGCCCCUUUCUCUAAAUGUAUUCAUCCUGUGCGUCAGGCUGUAAGACCCAAAAGCAUUGUUGACAUGGUUUGCUGGGAUUCUGUGGCUGGAAAAGGUGACAAGUUGGUGACUUUGAUACUGCAGGUAUUAACUCCAUUUUCAUGGUUUACUAUGAAAGUCAUUUUUCACAUUAUUCUGUAAUAUAUUGUUAGACUAAAGCCAUUGUAUUAAGACUGUUUAAAAUGUAAGCAUUAUAAUUCUGAAAAUACACAUUUUAAGAAGAAA